CUGGGCAGCCGUCGGCGGGGGGGGCCGGGCAGGCGGCGGCGGCGCCGGGCGGCGGCGGGGAGCGGCCGCCCGCCUGCGUGAUGCGAGAGGAACGGCCAGGCUACUACGACGGCAGCCUGGUGAGGAAGGUGCGCGCCCAGAGCGCCGCGGCCUGCCGCCAGGCCUGCUGCGAGGCGGCCGCGUGCUACGUCUGGACGUUCAGGGUCGAGCAGCAGCAGUGCCUCCUGCGAGACGACGACGAGCUCAGCUUUCACAACAGCUCCGACGCCGUCUCCGCCGUCAAGGUAGUGGUGUCCACAGAUGUCGCUACCUGCAGUCUGCGGGCGUGUCGCUUCCACGACGCUCAAUCGCCGCGGCUGUUCGUGAAGGAGCACUCUGACGGGGUUGGGCACAGGAUGAUCAACGUGUUCGACGGCCUAGCCCUGGCUGCCAAACACGGACUGAAUUUCGGCGGGAUCGUCACUGUGAAAAAAAAGAAGGAACUGGUCUCUCACGGUCAUUCGUUCCAUGAUGUUCUUGAGCAGUAUUUUGGCAGUGACGUUGCCGGCCAGUUGCUUUUUCGGCAUGAGCCCAUAUGGGAUGCAGUUUUCAGUGGAGGGUCGGCGGAACUGGAGGCGCAUUUGCCCUUCCGCAGCAUGGCGAAUGUCUUCGUGCCGAGCUGCCACGCCAAGGUGGGGGAGUACACCGUCGCGCUCUUGACUGCGUUGGCCGAACCGCUGAUGAGCUUGCCGCUGGAGUACGAAGCUGGGCGGCCUUCUGUGGCUGUGCACCUCAGGAGAGAAGAUGUGCGAUGGGGCCCCCGCUACACCCCCGACAGCUAUUACUAUCGAGUGCUCGGCGACGUCCGAACGGUGCUGCCCUCUGCGGAUGUCCACGUCUGGACCAAGCUGAAGAUGAACCAGAACGCCUCGGUUCCAGUUGUGCUGCCGCGCCAUAUCCGCCACCAUGCACGUGGCAGCCGCGGGUGGCGGACUUCCAGGGGUACAGUGACAGAGGGAUGAAGCUCCACUUCGACGACGAGGACCUGGUGCCGAUCUGGGCACACCUGGCCCGGGCGCAGGUCCUCGUGCUGUCCAGGAGCUCCUUCUCGAUCAUACCCGCCCUGCUGAACCGGAACUGCGUGGUCUACGUGAACAAAUCGACGCCCGGGAGGAGUGGGUGCGGGGCGACGACGAGGGGCGCGCCACCUACCAGGAGGAGUUGCGGGAGUGCAUCGCCCGCGGCACGGGCCGCGCGGGCGUGUCCGCGGACCUCCCGCCCGAGAAGGGGCAA